GACACGCCCUCUAUAUAACCUAACCUGGUGGAAACAGUGCAGACCACGAAACUGCCACGAGACCAAAAGCAAUGGAAAUCCACAGACAUGCAGAACACCUGAAGUUUUUGUUUGUAGUGCUGAUGGUGAUUAUGUCCAGCCUCGGCAUACAGUUUUGGAUGAAGAAUGAUAGGCAGUCAAACACAUUGCUCCUAUCUCCUGCCUCACACCACAACCACACAAAUUCUGAUGACUUGCACGUCCCUCUCAUGACCAAGCCCAUGGCUGAUAUUGGUAUCGCCCCACAAGAGUGGCACCAGAUCCAAGACAUGAUCCGCUGGCCUGGUCCAGACAAACAAAUUAAAGACCUGUCUGCAAGCACGGAUCCAUCCAGCUCAUAUUUUUACAUUCCUGGGCAGCGGAAGAGCUACCAGGUAGGGGAAGAACUGUGUGUCACAGUGGUGGCCAGAGAUUUCCACCAGAAUCUGAAGCCAUAUGGAGGUGACUUCUUCCAGGCCAAGCUUUACUCAACAAAACUAAAGGCUAGUGUGUUUGGGGAGGUGACAGACUUACACAAUGGGUCCUACUCACUGCGCUUCCUACUGCCAUGGCCUGGGGAGGCUUGGGUAGCUGUACGUCUGAUCCACUCCAGCGAGGCUGUGCAGGUCCUGAAGCACAGCCGGAAAUAUCACUCAGACCGCGUCUAUUUCAGAGGUGUAUUCAUGGGGACAGAUGCCAAAGGGACAAAGUUUAUAGAGGCGAUGGAGUGCAAUCCAAAGUGGGAUGGGGCUGGUCUGGAACGUAUGCGAAAGGGAAACUGCUGCUGUGAGUAUCCGGACCCAGGAACAGGGGAGGUGUGGCUGUGCAAGAAGCCCAAAUCUCUGCCCUGUGAUGCCCUGGUCAACCAUCAGAUGGGGGGCUACAGAAACAUCCUCCGGCCUGACGAAGAAAAAUUCCUGGCCACGAAAUAUACUGAUAGAUGGAUCAAAGGGAAGAACAGAAAAAUUAUGAUUCUUCCCUCCAAUACAACUGUUGGUGCAUCUGUAAAAUGCAGACCUGGGCUGCAAAUCCCCGUUCCAGCUGGAUUCUACAUGAAGGAUGUGUGGACCUCACUGGUCUGUGCCACAGGUCAUUUUAAUGCUCCCAAAAUAACCCAGUGCUUGAAGGACAGAGAGCUUUUCAUGAUGGGAGACUCCACCAUGAGACAGUGGUACCAUUAUAUGGGAAAUUCUGUGCCCAGCAUAAAAUACAUGGAUCUCCACUCCUCUGAACAGGCAGGCCCUCUCUUGGCAGUGGAUGUGACAAAUAACAUACUCUUGCACUGGAGGGCUCAUGGCACACCACUGCGUUCCCGAACAUCCCCAAUAGCCAAUUUGCACUACAUCAGCAAUGAGAUUGACGGUAUAGCAGGCGGUCCGCGCAAGGUCAUCGUCUUCACCAUCUGGGCCCACUUCACUAGUUUCCCGCUUAAAUAUUACAUCCGCCGUGUGGCAAGGAUUCGCCAAGCUGUUAUCGCACUGCUGAAGCGAGCACCUGACACGAUUGUCGUCAUCAAGUCUGCCAACACCGGCUCCAAGAAUGUGUUUGGCAGUGACUGGCUUGCCUUACAGUUGGACACAAUAUUGAGGGCUAUCUUCCAAGGAAUUAAUGUGGCAUUCAUAGAUGUUUGGCAAAUGACCUCCUGCCACUACAGUAAAGAUGCUAUCCACCACAACCCAACUGUCAUUUGGAAUGAGAUCAACCUUUUGCUUUCAUUCAUCUGCCCUGUCUGAAUGCCCACUUCCCUUUGACCCCACUGGUUCUGUCUCACAGUAUGAUGCUGUUUGUGACAUCAGACUGUUCCAAGAUUGAAUAUAGUGAGCCCUGGUUUUGGGCCCCAGCAGUUUGCACAGGCUCCCUUUAAUUUAAUGAACUGGUUCAGCUUCAGGUUUCUGUUGUCUGAACUUAGGAAGUAAGUAUUACCUGUCCAUAGGGAGCUACAAAAUCUGUUGGGCUGCAGCCAUUUUGAACUUUCAGUUGACUUACGUGGACACUGAAGUAAGAGAAGAGGAUCAACAAUAUGAGGCGAACUGUGGUGGUGUUGGGGUAAUUCGGGGAGGGAUAUCAGUCUGUGUAUCCUUGAGAUGGAUCUAUGAGAGUGGGGAAAAUAAUAGAUGGGAAAGGACAGGUAUGGGGAAGUAACAGAAAUGAAACAAGUCCUUUGGAACAACUUUGGCCAACAGCAGGGAAUGAUGUUGGUCAACAAAGAUACUUGUUCUAUUUUCCAUUCACACAUGUAUUUGU